AUGGAUCUCAAGGAGACGGAGGAGCAGCGUCAGAUGCGACGCAUCGCGUUCGUCGCGGUCGUCGUUUCGACGGCAGCUGUGAUCGCCAGUGUCGUGACACUGCCGAUGCUCUACAACUAUGUACAAUCAUUCCAAAGUCAUCUGAUGGUUGAAACUGACUACUGCAAGGCUCGUUCCCGAGAUAUGUGGCUAGAAAUGACUGCUCUGCAAGCUGGCAAAGGCAUGCUUCACCGACAAAAGAGGGCCUGGUUGUUUGGACAGUGGAUUCCUGAGGGUGGCUCUGGAGGAGGCGGUCCAAGCGGUAACGCUGCUGGAUACGGUGGCUAUGGAGCAGUUGUUAACUCUGAACCAGCACCCACAUGCUGUACCUGUAACCAGGGAGCCGCUGGACCACCAGGACCAGAAGGACCACCUGGAAAUAACGGAAAGGAUGGUCGUAAUGGAAAGGAUGGAAAGAAUGGAAAGGAUGCUGAACUGCUUGCAGCUCCACCAAGUGAGCCAUGCAUCAUCUGCCCAACUGGUCCACCAGGACCCAUGGGUGCAAUGGGAGCCAAGGGACCACCAGGACCUAAGGGAUCUCCCGGAGAACCACCCAAGGAUGGUGUUGCUGGUGAGGACGGUAUGGCUGGUCAGCCUGGACCGAUCGGAAGACCGGGACGCGAUGGAAUGAAGGGAGCACCAGGAGCUAACGGUCGACUUAUCCCUGUUCCUGGACCACAAGGACCCCCAGGAAAGCAGGGACCCCCUGGACCUCCAGGACCCAAAGGAAAUCCAGGUCCAGACGGACAGUCGUAUCAGGUCCUCCUGGAGAUCCAGGAAACUCCGGACCCGAGGGACGACCCGGACCCAAUGGACCACAAGGACCUCCCGGACAGGAUGGAGAGAAAGGAGACUGCGGUCACUGCCCUGCUCCUCGCACACCUCCCGGCUAUUAGAAGUCUUCUGUGCAAGUCCUACUGGACACGCCCCCAGCGGGUGCAAGCGUUCAUGCAUCUAUUCGUGUACAAUAAUAAAUGUUUGCUCAAUGUCUUUUCAUAA